AGGCGGAGCCACGAGUUUCGGGGGCGGGGCGAGGUGGGGCCUCGGGUCAGCUGACCCGGUCAGUGGCGACACAACCCAGAAAGCCCGCCGGGCGGCGGAUCUGGACCUGAGCCCUCGCCUGCCCCGGCGCACCAGCGCCCUCCCUCCCGCCCUCUGCAGCCAUGGUCUGGAAGCAGCUGGGCUCCGGCAACUUCUCCAGCUGCCCCAAUGGCUCCCGCCAGUGGAUAUGGGACGUGUUUGGUGAAUGUGCCCAGGAUGGCUGGGACGAGGCCAGCGUGGGCCUGGGCUUGAUCUCCAUUCUCUGCUUCGCAGCAUCCACCUUCCCACAGUACAUCCAGGCCUGCAAGACGGGGAACAUGGACCAGGCCCUGUCGCUGUGGUUUCUCCUGGGCUGGAUCGGCGGAGACUCCUGCAACCUCAUCGGCUCUUUCCUCGCCGACCAGCUGCCCCUGCAGACCUACACAGCGAUGUACUACGUCUUGGCAGACCUGGUGAUGCUGUCCCUGUACUUUUACUACAAGUUUAAGAACCGCCCCUCUUUGUUGUCCGCCCCCAUCAACUCCCUGCUGCUGUUCACCCUGGGACUGGCGUGCACCGCCCCGCUGCUGAGCGGCGCCGGCUCUGGGGCCGCCCCGAGGGAGGCCUUCAGGGGGCGGAAGCUCUUGUCCGUGGAACCGGGCAACAAGCCCUUCACUCGGCAGGAAAUCAUCGGCUUUGUCAUCGGCUCUGUCUCCAGCGUGCUGUACCUGUUCUCCAGGCUGCCUCAGAUCCGCACCAACUUCCUGCGGAAGUCGACCCAGGGGAUCUCCUACUCGCUGUUCGCCUUGGUGAUGCUGGGGAACACGCUGUACGGGCUGAGCGUGCUGCUCAAAAACCCCGAGGUGGGCCAGAGCGAGGGCAGCUACCUGCUGCACCACCUGCCCUGGCUCGUGGGCAGCCUGGGUGUGCUGCUGCUCGACACCAUCAUCUCCGUGCAGUUCCUGGUCUACAGGAACACCUCCACCCCGGAGCGCCAGCCCCUCCUCCCCGGCUGACCCGGACCCAGGCCACGCCCAGGUGACCGGGAUCUCCAGAUGCCACACCAAGAAAGACGUGUGGGCAGCCACAGCGCUGUGUGGACUCCGGACUAGCCUGUGGAGGGAGCCAUGGUCGGCGGCCUGGUACUCCUGCCCCAGCUGCCUACCCCCAGGCUUCCCAGUCCUCAGGGGCUGGCUCCCCCAGAAGCCUGCCUGACUGACUUCCGGGAGCCGGCCGGCCUCAAGGACCAGCCUCUGCCCUGCCCCUGCUGCAGACUCAGCCCUCUCCCCCCAGGGUCCGAGGCAGCCGUCCCUGGGGGCCUUGAGGGAGGGGCUGCAGCUGGGACCACACCCCUGAGAAAACCUCAGCUCACCUACCUCAUCCUGCCCCUCGCCCCCGGGGCAGGACACGGCCGCAGCCAAGUACCCAGGGCCGUGCUGUGGACCGCAGCCAGCCUAGUAAACCGUCCUUCCCGGC